AUGUCCAGUGAAGCGCCGCCAGCGUAUGCGUCUUUUACGAGCCUCCAGAAUAUGGAGAAUAAUUUUCAGCAAGGUGGGACAAGUAAUCGCAUGUAUGGCUACCCACUAGAGACCAUGCCGCGGCCGAUACCUCAACCCAGAAGUAGCGAUCAUAUGCCAAAUGAUAGAGGGGGUAUGCCCCGCUCUUCAUCAGGCCUCACCUCUACCAGUAUGGCGUAUUCGAGUUCUCCUAGUGGAAGAAACAUCCCCAUGUCGUCGUCUGUUGGCUCAAGGAUGGGUCGACCGCUUCCCCCUGUCCCAACGAACUCGCAGGGCCCACCUGUAGUGCCUCCACGACCACAAACGCUCUCAGCUCCAGAUUUUACCGGUGGUAUCCCAGGAGUGCAGGGUGGAUUCGUCGCAUCACCUACCACCCUAAGCCCACCAAUGGGGACCUCUUAUCUUCCACAACUACACGAAGAACCACCGCCUCCCCGGGCACCUUCUCCGUCCACGACAUCAUCUGGAUCACUGUCUCGUACGAGAACGCGCCAGUCUGUGCAGUCUGCUCACUCUUCCAAUUCCAUGAUUUCCAGCCUAAGUCCUGUCCGUACCCCUUCAUCCUUUGAGACUUCUGAGUGGCCAUCCUGGCGCAUGCCGAUUGAGGAAGAGGGGCCUGUUCGAGAUUCAACUAUGCGUCCAAAUGAGAAUCACCAGACAGUACCAAUCAAUGCAGACCCGGGUAUGGUGAUUGCCAAUAAACACUUCGACCUUGUCCUCCACAAAGGAAGUGCAAGUGCUCUCCCAAGAUAUGGAAAGGGUGAAUGCGUUGAAGGCUAUAUAGAGCUUCACUCGACCGAGCACGUGGAAGAAAUUGAAGUUAUUCUACAAGGCAUACUUCUUGUAUCCUAUUGGAAUCGCGGCCAAGCUCAUGAUCAAACCAAAUUAACUCUGCUCGAGGAACACAAAAAGCUUUACAAUUCGGCAUUCAACAUGGCUCCCGGGCAUUCGUAUUCUUUUCAAUUCUUCUUCCCCGAAAAAUGCAACGCCAGCGAUACCCCUCUACCCCCUAGUUGGAAUCUCGUACAACCGGGAUUUACUGCCGAAGUCUCGUAUUCUGUUCGUGCGAUCCUAAGACGCCGAGGUUUCUAUAGGCCAGACGAAAAGGUUAAUGCAAAGAUCGAAUAUCAUCCCCGUAAUUACUCGCCUCCGAUUUCCCUUUCCGACGAAUCACGGCCCCGACGGAUAUUAGAAAUUAACAAUAACCUCCCACCUAUGGGUCACACUGGUGCCGAAAAACCUAUGGUUCCUACUUCCUUCAAAACAAGAGUUCCAGCCGCGCUCAACGUCGAAGUAACACUUGUCAGAAUCUCCGAAGUCACCGUAAAAGGACAGACCCAUGAUAUUACACGUAUCAUAGCUACAGGUGCCAACGACACUUCCCAGUUCCAGCUAGGCAAUUCGAGUAAUGGUCGAAGAGGUAGCGGUGGGACCCUUACGAUCAGCGGGAAAUGCUUGGCAGGUAUGGAAGGACAAGAAAUGAGCUGGGGUGUCGGAGGUGUCGCUUCCAUUAAAUACGCUUUGCGAUUCGUGAUAUCGCCUAGGGCCGACAUAUUGGAUUUUGCGGGCUUCAGAGAGAGAUUGCCAACAUUUGAGCACUCUGAAGAGAUCCAAUUGACAACCGACCCAUACCCCCUCGCUGCUCAAACCAACCUAUCACCAUCGGGUCCGGCAUUUUUUGCGAGGACAGGGACCCAGUGUCAUGAGUGCCUGAGCGGGUUCGUUGAUGGGCACCAGGACGCGAGG